GCGUCUUCUCCCCCCUUCCUCCGGAGGAAGAACAGUUCUUCCCGUUUCCCCCGGGACUCAAGAGAGAGAAAGAUAGAGAGAGCUCCAUCACUCCCACUCGCAUAAGUACCCACCCACCACCACCACCACCACGCAAGAACCGCAAAGGAGAAGAGAAGGCGGUUUCCGGUGAAAAUUUUGGCCUCUUUUUCGGAAGUUUUUUUUUUCUUCCCCUCUCGUUCUCUUUUUAUUCCACCGCUUUGUCGUUCUCGCAAUCUCGCUGUCCACCUUCCCCACCCCCCCCCAUUUACUCGAUCAUCACAACGUGCCAAUCAAUUAAUCGAUCGAUCAGUUUUGUGCGUACGUGAGCGUGUGGAGAGGGAGAGAAAUGGACAUGGAAAUCGUGGUUUUUCUGAGGUAAUGUGCUGGAGGAGGAAGAAGAAGAAGAAGAAGAAGCAGCUAUUGUUGCUGCUGCUGCUUUCUGGGAUUCCGAGGAGGCGAUAUGCUUCGCAACAGAUCGAGGAGAUCAGUCGGUGCCAAGCAAGGAGGCGUCACCGCCAUGGCGCAGCCUGAGCCGCCGCCGCCGUCAUCGCAAUCUUCGUCGUCGUCUUCCUCCUCUUCUCCCGUGUUCCCUUCCCCGAGGCCGUUCAUGGCGCUCCCGCACCCGCCGCAGGCUGGGUUCUUGGACGGCGCCGCCGAGGGGCCCUCGUCGUCGAUGAGCCCCACCUCCAUUCUUGAGACCAAGCAGUUCUGCUGCUCGUCCGCCAUGCCGCCGUUCCUGUCGGAGAGGAGCCUCAGGAAGGCCCACGUGGAGAUGGCCGCCGCACCGCCGGAGCCGGCCGGCGUCGGCCUCGCCGACGUGCUCCGGGAGCACCACGGGGGCGGCAAGGCCGGCGGCGGCAAGGUGGUGUUCGGGUCGCAGCUCAGAAUCCAGGUGCCCACGGGGAGGGCCGUCGAGCUGGUGUCCUCCCCGAUCGAGUUCGGCGUCAAGAACCGGGACGCCCACUUGGCGGCGAUGUCGCCGGCGAGGAGGUUCCUGCCGGAGGUGGUCAGCUCGCCGUCCGCGCGGGUGUUCGCCGCCGCCGUGGUGUCGCCCGGGGAGAUGGCCAUGUCGGAGGACUACACCUGCGUCAUCUCCCGCGGCCCCAACCCGAGGACCACCCACAUCUUCGACGACUGCAUCGUCGAGAGCUGCGGCGAUGUGCUCGUGGAGAAGGUGGCCGGCGGCGGCGGCGACGGCGACGGCGACGCGGUGCGAACCAAUGGGUUCCUGAACUCUUGCUACGCAUGCAACAAGCAGCUUGGACAUGGCAAUGACAUCUUCAUCUACCGAGGUGAUAAAGCAUUCUGCAGCAGUGAGUGCCGGUACCAGGAGAUGCUUUUCGACGAGGCGGUGGAAUUUGCGCUAGGCUGUUGAACGAAAUGGUCGUUCCACAUGAGUAUUUCUAUGGAGGAGGAAGAAGACAAUAGUCCUAAAUAACUGAGAUGAGAUUUGUUUUCUUUCUUUUUUUGUUUUUGUUUUCUCCACUUUUGCGAGAUUGGAUGCUGUUUUUGGCCAUGGAGAAGGGGGAAUGAUUUAUUAGUCUUUUUUGCGGAUUAAAGACCUUUGCCCACUUUUGUAAGAUGUUGAUUAUUGAUUGCUUGGGGCAUCAUGUUUUUGUGACUUUCGAGUUAGUUGCAAUCUGAUGCUUUGCUCUAUCCUUGCAUGCAAGCUACUUUUGGAUUAGAUAUGAUGUGGAGCAGUAUAACCUGUUGUAUUGCAUGAA